AUGGGGAGGGCGCCGUGCUGCGAGAAGGUGGGGCUCAAGCGGGGGAGGUGGACGGCGGAGGAGGACCAGAUACUCGCCAACUACAUUGCAGAGCACGGCGAGGGAUCCUGGAGGUCGCUGCCCAAGAAUGCAGGGCUGCUCCGGUGCGGCAAGAGCUGCCGGCUGCGGUGGAUCAACUACCUUCGGGCGGACGUCAAGAGGGGGAACAUCUCCAAGGAGGAAGAGGACAUCAUCAUCAAGCUCCACGCCACCCUCGGCAACAGGUGGUCCCUGAUCGCUAGCCACCUCCCCGGCCGAACAGACAACGAGAUCAAGAACCACUGGAACUCGCACCUCAGCCGGCAGAUCCACACGUACCGCCGGAAAUACACCGCCGGGCCGGACAACACCAUCACCAUCGACAUGAGCAAGCUGCACAGCGCCGACAAGCGGCGCGGCGGCAGGACCCCGGGCCGGUCGCCGAGGAGCGCCAGCAGCAGCAGAAAGAGCAAGAGUAAGCAGCCGGACCCUGAGCCUGAACUGGAGUCCGGCGACGCGAAAGGCACGUCCAGCCCGGCCACCGUCACCAUCGACAUGAGCAAGCUGCGCAGCGACGACAAGCGGCGCGGCGACAGGACCCCGGGCCGGUCGCCGAAGAGCGCCACCAGCAGCAGCACGACCAAGAGCAAUCAGCCGGACCCUGAGCCCGAACCGGAGUCCGGCGACGCGAAAGGCGCGUCCAGCCCGGCCACCGCCGCGACGUUAGCGGCGCACGGCGACGGGGCGCGAUCCGGAUCCGGAUCCGAGGGGCCCUGCAGCGACGACGCGACCGGGCCGUGGGUGCUGGACCCGAUAGAGCUUCCGGACCUCUGGGAGGCCCUGAUGUCUAUCGGGGCUGGCCACGAUUCCACGGUUACCCCCGAAGGAUUGGAAUUUGACGCGUUGAUCGCCCAACAGCAGCAGCGGCAGCACGGCCGAGGGGCCUUCACCGAGGACGCGACUGGGCCGUGGGUGCUGGACCCCAUGGAGCUCGGGGACCUCUGGGAGGCCGAGAGUGAGAUAGACGCCCUGACGUCGUCUACAGACGCAGCUCUGGAAGGAUUUGACGCGGUCGGCGGUGAGGCCCAGGUGGACGACCUGUUCGACAUGGACUGGGACGGCUUCGCAGCCCAUCUAUGGGGCGGGCCGGAGCAUAACGACCACAGCGCGGAGCUGCAGCAGGCCGCCGAGCCGCAGGCUGCUGCUGCGGCCUGCACCCCGGACGAACACGAGCUUGAGGCGUUCGAGACUUGGCUCCUGUCCGACUCGUUCUGA